AUGACCACCAUGGCCAUCCAGAACCUCUUCAGCUACGUGGAGGAGGAGAAUCUGGCCGCCCUGAAAGCUCACCUGGACAAGUUUAAAGAGGUGGAUGGCCGCAGUGAUAAUGGACAGACUCCUCUGAUGCUGGCGGCAGAGCAGGGGAGCCUGGAGAUCGUCCAGGAGCUGAUCAGAAGGGGUGCGAAUGUGAAUCUGGAUGAUGUGGACUGCUGGUCUGCCCUGAUCUCUGCGGCUAAGGAAGGACAUGUGGAGGUGGUGAAAGAGCUGUUGGAAAGCAGCGCCUACAUCGAGCACAGAGAUAUGGGGGGAUGGACUGCUCUCAUGUGGGCUGCGUACAAAGGUCGUGUGGAGGUCACCAAAGUCCUCCUGGAAAAUGGAGCAAACCCCAACACCACUGGGCAGCAAUACAGUGUCUACCCCAUUAUCUGGGCCGCUGGCCGAGGACACGCGGAGAUAGUCCAACUCCUGCUCCAGCAUGGAGCCAAAGUCAACUGCUCUGACAAGUAUGGUACCACCCCACUGAUCUGGGCUGCGAGGAAAGGCCAUUAUGACUGUGUCAUGCACCUGCUGGAGAAGGGAGCAGACGUCGACCAGGAGGGGGCGAACUCCAUGACGGCUCUGAUAGUGGCAGUGAAAGGUGGAUACACAGAGGUGGUGAAGGAGCUGCUGAAGAGGAAUCCCAACGUUAACAUGACGGACAAGGACGGAAACACGGCGCUAAUGAUUGCCGCUAAAGAGGGUUACACUGAGAUAGUCCAGGACCUGCUAGACGCCGGCACGUACGUCAACAUUCCUGACCGGAGUGGAGACACUGUGUUAAUUGGGGCAGUGAGGGGAGGCCACGUGGAGAUUGUGAGAGCUUUGCUGCACAAAUAUGCGGACAUCGACAUCAGAGGACAGGACAAUAAGACGGCGCUGUACUGGGCUGUGGAGAAGGGAAACGCCACUAUGGUCAGAGACAUCCUGCAGUGUAAUCCAGACACAGAGACUACCACCAAGGAUUCCGAGACUCCUUUGAUUAAAGCCACCAAGAUGAGAAACAUUGAGAUAGUGGAGCUACUCCUGGAUAAGGGAGCCAAAGUGUCAGCUGUGGACAAGCGAGGAGACACGCCCCUCCACAUUGCCAUUCGUGGGCGGAGCCGGCGGCUGGCAGAGCUCCUCCUCCGUAACCCCAAAGACGGAAGGCUGCUGUACAGGCCAAACAAGGCGGGCGAGACGCCCUACAACAUAGACUGUAAUCACCAGAAGAGCAUCCUCACUCAGAUCUUCGGCGCCCGUCACCUCUCUCCCACUGAAUCAGAUGGGGAUAUGUUGGGCUAUGAUCUGUACAGCAGUGCCCUGGCAGACAUCCUGAGCGAGCCCACCAUGCAGCCGCCCAUCUGUGUGGGUCUGUACGCCCAGUGGGGCAGCGGCAAGUCCUUCCUGCUCAAAAAACUGGAGGAUGAAAUGAAGACGUUUGCGGGUCAGCAGGUGGAGCCGUUGUUCCAGUUCUCCUGGCUGGUCGUCUUUCUGUCCCUGAUGCUGUGUGGCUCUGUGGCUCUGGUUCUGGGCUUCACCGUAGACCCAAAACUGGCGGUUGCCAUCUCUCUGAGCCUGUUGGCUCUGCUCUACCUGUUCUUCGUCGUGGUGUAUUUUGGGAGCAGGCGUGAGGGCGAGAGCUGGAACUGGGCCUGGGUCAUUAGCACCAGACUGGCCCGACACAUUGGCUACCUGGAGCUUCUGCUUAAACUCAUGUUUGUCAAUCCUCCUGAGCUCCCAGAGCAGACUACCAGAGCCCUGCCCGUCCGGUUUCUGUUUACGGACUAUAACCGUCUGUCCAGCGUUGGUGGGGAAACGUCCAUGGCUGAGAUGAUAGCCACACUCUCGGAUGCCUGUGAGAGAGAGUUUGGCUUCAUGGCUACCAGACUCUUCAGAGUCUUCAAGACUGAGGAAACACAAGGGAAGAAGAAGUGGAAGAAGACCUGCUGUAUCCCGUCCUUCAUCAUCUUCGUCUUCGUCCUCCUGUGUCUGAUCAGCGGGAUGGCCCUGCUGGCUGUCUUUAAGGUGGACAGGGAGAAUCAGACGGUGAACGCCGUGCUGGUGGCCCUGGCCAGCGUGGUGGGCCUGGCCCUGGUGCUCAAGUCGCCCACUUGGUGGCAGGUGGCCGAUUCCGUCUUAAAUUCGCAGAGGAAGAGACUGCAUGGUGCAGCCAACAGAAUGCACAAACUGAAGAGUGAAGGAUUUAUGAAGGUACUGAAGAGUGAGGUGGAGCUCAUGGCUAAGAUGGCCAAAACGAUUGAUGGUUUCACGCAGAACCAGACGCGUCUGUGCGUGGUCAUCGACGGCCUGGACUCCUGUGAACAGGAGAAAGUCUUACAGAUGUUAGACACGGUGAGGGUGCUGUUCUCCAAAGGCCCCUUCAUCUCCAUCUUCGCCAGCGACCCACACAUCAUCAUUAAAGCCAUCAAUCAGAACCUUAACAGCGUGCUCCGUGACUCCAACAUUAACGGCCACGACUACAUGCGAAACAUCGUCCACUUGCCCGUCUUCCUCAACAGCCGUGGCCUCAGCAGCGCCAAGAAGAUGUGCACUGCUGCCCCUGCCAACGGAGACGUGCCUUGUUUCGCAUCUUGUUCAGGCUGGCACGAGGAACUGGACAGAAAGCUUUCCCAGCACAGCCUGGGAGAACUGACCAAGUUUGGCAGCAAGACCACUCUGAAUCGCAGGGACACGUACCGGCGCCGACAGAUGCAGCGUUCGGUGACGCGACAGAUGUCAUUCGACCUGACCAAGCUUCUGGUCACCGAGGACUGGUUCAGCGAUAUCAGCCCCCAGACCAUGAGGAGGCUGCUCAACAUUGUGUCUGUCACAGGCCGUCUGCUGAGGGCCAAUCAGAUCACGUUUAACUGGGACCGCCUGGCGUCUUGGAUCAACCUGACGGAGCAGUGGCCCUAUCGUACAUCUUGGCUCAUCCUGUACUUGGAGGAGACAGACGGCGUUCCUGACCAGACCACACUGAAGACCAUCUACGAGAGGUGA